AUGGAGCCUAACAAGUCUCCAAAUCACGCCCUAGAGGGAUCGUCAAGCGAAUCUAGCAUAACAAGCGGCUCCAGCCAUUCAAUCUCUUCUUCGCUUUCUUUCUCGGUUGGCACCUAUGUAAUGGCAUCUUGGAGGAAUAAUUUUGAAUAUUUAGCUGAAAUAUUGGCCGUCCGUCAAAGAGCUCGAUCUAUGCUGGGAGGCUCAGGAGAUCGGUGCGAAUAUAAACUAAGAUUUGUAUGGGACCAUAUUAUCGAAUGGACGCCAGCCAGUCGCUUACGCGCCGCUAGCCGAUUCGAAAUUGAUUAUGUACUUAAGUUUUGUCGGGAGCAUGGGGGCGAAGGAGCGGGUAAGACCCCACCACCCGCUCCCCCAGUACAAACAAAAAGUGCUUCAGAAUCCCCCUUAACUACAAGUUUUCGACGUACAGUUGCCUCCACUUCAAUUAAAUCAUCGAAAUCACCACAGGAGCCUCUCAAAAAGCAAGGAAACCAUCCGGUAAAGUCGAAUGGAACCUCCAAAAAAUUGAAAUUAAAUUCCUCAGCAAAAGGGGCGAACAGCUCUCCACAAAUAAUUGAAAAUCAUCCUGAUCAUGGUAUAACAUCUGUAACUUCAAUAUCUAGCACUCGUAAGCCCCGCUCUGGUCGAAAUCUUUUAGGCUCUCCAGUACUUACAACAUCUGCGUCUUCAACUGAUCCAGCUACAUGCCGUUCUAACGCAAACAAUAUUUCUUCAAUCACCUCAAGCAAUAAUGUUCCAACUAGCGGGGCCACUACUCAUCUUAUAUCUGCACCUUUGCCCUUCAGUUUAGAAGGAAGUGUAGAAUUAGAUGACAUGGUGUACGAUCGCAGUGUUGCCCAAUUUCAUGAAGCCUGUCGUAAACGGCGUCAAUUAAAACGCCAGGCCAUAGAACAAGAAAGGCAGCAAUCAGAACAGUCCUCUAGGAAAUGUGACGUUAAAGGCGUUUUUACAGACACAACAACUCCUCUCUCGGGCUCUUUUUCCGAAGAAAGCAUGUGCGAUGUAUCCAAAGAGCCUCCACUAAUGCCUGUUUCUCGUUUACUUCGUCAUUUUGAAGAAACUGAAGUAAGCUAA